AUGAUUGCCAACUUGGGCAUGAAAUCUGUAUACCUCAAGCAAGAAAAGGUCCGAGCAAAGAUUGUAGUAAGUUGCGUUGGGAUUCUCGUCGAGCCUAACGCCUGGCCGACGAGUAUUCCCGGACGCGAGACUUUUCGAGGAGAAAUCUUCCAUUCUGCUCGAUGGCGAGAUGACACAGACUUCAGAGAAAAGGAUGUCGUCGUUGUUGGCUCAGGUUGUAGCGCCGCUCAAAUCGUUCCGUCCCUUUUCGAGGAACCUUUCAACGUAAGGUCGGUCACACAGAUUAUGAGAACUGCGCCUUGGGUCAUGCCAAGGCUGACAGAGCCAUUCGGAAAGGCGAACUAUGCCCGCUAUGCUCCGAUGGUAUUUCGAUACUUCCCGUUCUUGGGUUACCUCAUUCGUGUCUCCCUAUACUUACUUGUGGAGGUGAUCUGGCUCACGGUCUUUCAGCAAAAGAACGUCAAGUGGCGCGCCCAAAUUGAAGCCUCCACGCUUGAACGCAUGUAUAGCAUCAUACCAAAGAAAUUUCACACUACUAUGAAGCCCAACCAUAGCUACGGCUGCAAGCGUCGAGUCUUUGACAGCGCUUGGUUAAAUUCCAUGAGCAAGCCCAAAUUUGACCUCACCAAUCGGCCUCUGAAAAGUGUUAAGCCAAAUGGCGUGGUUCUUGGUACCAAUUCUGGCGACCCUGACAAGCCUGCCGAAGAUGCUCGCGUCAAUGCAGAUAUUAUUGUUCUAGCCAAUGGUUUCGAAGCUCUUCGUUGGUUUCAUCCUCUGUCCGUGUACGGCCGCAGUGGAAGAUCUAUGCACGACGUCUGGGAUGAGCGUGGAGGCCCACAGGCAUAUAUGGGAACUGCAAUGGACGGGUUCCCAAAUUUCUUCAUCGCCACUGGCCCCAACAGCGCAAAUGGGCACGCAUCGCUUAUUCUAGAGUCCGAAAAUAUCACGGAAUACAUCAUGAGGAUUGUCGAGCCCGUGCUGAAAGGAAAUGCACUCUACGUAGAGCCCAAGAAGGACGCGGAGAUCAAGUGGACAGCCGACAUCCAGCGGGAGCUGAAAAAGACCGUCUUCCCAGGGUGUACUAGCUGGUACCAAGAUGAGAGGGGCUGA